UAGGGCUUGGCGUUUGGGUUGUGCGCAUAUGCAAAAUGGCUGUUUUGAUAUUCUGUAUUAUUGUUAUUUUAAAGAAAUGCCAUCCUAUGCCUAUGUUUUGUGGCCAUCGUAGUUUCCACUCGAUUGUUUUAUGUCUGUCUGAACUCCUUUAGGGAAGAAGAAAGAACUGUUUUGUUUAUUCCGUCGGUUCUGUGGCAUUCGCCUUGGCAGCGUAUGUGCAGUUUGCCCUUGUGUAAUCAGAAUUGUGAGAUACAGAAUAAUAUAAAAAGCGUGGUAAAAGCCAGUUAUCUACAUUUUUGUUGAUAAAAUGGAUAUGGAAAAAAUGUUAGAAGAAUAUCGUCAAGCGCAGCGGAUACGAAUUAGUCGUAAAUUAUUAGCCAACACCAAAGCAAUGACAUUGGUUCAAUUGAGAAAAGUACAAGUCCAAGACGGCGACGGCCCAUGUUUUAAAGACGUCACGAUGGAGAUUAGGAAAGGGACACAUCCCGAUCCAGGAGUCGUUUUGUUUUAUAACCAAGCUGCCAAAUUUAAUAUCAUCAUAGUGGGUUGUUCAUUUAUUUUUAACGAUAAGUUACCAUGUGAAAAGCAAUUAAAAAUAAUAUUUGAUGAACAAGAAGGGGAGGAAGAGAGAAGAGAAGAUAUACAUCUAAGUUUUGCCACGGCAGAUCUGAAAAAUGAGUGUGCGGUGGCUUUAGUAAACUAUUUGGACUUGAGGUGAGAAAUCAAUCUAGCAAAUCUAUUUUAUUUUAUUUGUAGCAACCGCUCAAGUCCACUUGUAUAAGAAGAAUCAUGAAGGAUCAUAAUCUAAUAAAUCAUUAUAAAUUUCAAAAUUAAUGUAAAUUAAAAAUAAAAUCAUUCUUUUUUUUUCA